GCGAGAAAAGCCGAGAGAGAGAGAGAGAGAGAGAGAGGUGACGCAGACGACGAAGGGGAGGGAGAGGGAACUGGGACUUGCCACCCCGCCUCCAAAUUCCCCACUCCUCCGCCACCGCCACCGCCACCGCCACCACCCACCUCGCUCCCCUCCGCCCCCGAAUCCGGCGUCCCGAAGCAACUCCGCUCCUCGUGCUGGCCCCAAAACCCUACCUGCCCAAUCCGUCCGAUUCCCAGCUCCCCGCUUCGCCCCGGAGCCCCGGAGCAGGUGAGUGGCAGAGGAUCGGAUCGGCGGCCGGAGGAGCAUUGGGCGAUGGCCGCCGCAUAGGAUGCAGUUGGACUCAGCCGGCCGCGGCUUAGCUGCUGCUGCUGCUUCUGCUGCUGAAGCCUGAAGUUCCGAUGCUCCGGGCUCCGUGAUCCAAAUAAGAGCCGUGCGGUGGACCGGUGGAAGUGGAUUGGGCUGCCGGUUGAUCUCCGUGAGGGCAGGGAGCGAAGGGGUGGUUGCGUGAGGCGUAUGGAGGAGCCUGGGAGAGAGGAGGACGCCGCGGGGCCGUCGUGGGCGCCGAGCAAGUCCACGGCGUUCCGGGCGUUCGCUGCCGCGGCGGGGGAGCGGACGGAGGCGUCGCCAUCCGCCCUGGGUAAUGGGGUUGCCGCCCACUUAAGCAACCUCCGCGCCGUCAGGAAGAGGCCUUUUGUUGCAAGAUUAACCGCAGACAUUGUCCGAACUUUUGAAAAAUGCAAUCUUGAGUUUAAGUACUCAGAGUCACUAAACCCCAAGAGCUUUCUCACCAAUCCUGCAGUUGCUGUUCACAAUGAUGGCCUUGACAAUGCAAAUUCUGACCUCAUCUUGUAUGUCAACUUGGAACUGGUCGAUAAAAAGUCAAGCCGGAGGUACGUUGUCCAAGAAAUGCUUGGCCAAGGUACCUUUGGGCAGGUUGCAAAAUGCUGGGAUGCAAAAACCAACAAUUAUGUUGCAGUGAAGGUUAUAAAAAACCAGCCUGCCUUUUACCAGCAGGCUAUCAUGGAGGUCUCGCUGUUGAGCAUGUUAAACGACAAAUUUGAUCCUGAUGAUCAACACCAUAUUGUCCGGAUGCUGGAUUUUUUUCUCUGCCAAAAUCAUUUGUGUAUAGCCUUUGAAAUGCUUGGUCACAACCUAUAUGAGCUGUUGAAAAGGAAUAGCUUAAGAGGUUUGCAAAUGAAAUAUGUCCGAACUUUCUCAAGACAGAUAUUGGACGCAUUGGUUGUCAUGAAAGAUGCUGGCAUUAUUCAUUGUGAUCUAAAACCGGAAAAUAUCCUCAUAGCUCCAACUGUAAAAACAGCAGCUGGAGUGAAAGUAAUUGAUUUUGGAUCAGCGUGCAUAGAGGGUAAAACCAUUUAUUCAUAUAUUCAGAGCCGUUAUUACAGGUCUCCAGAAGUACUUCUUGGUUAUCCAUAUACAACUGCCAUUGAUAUGUGGUCAUUCGGCUGCAUCGUUGCUGAACUGUAUAUAGGGUUGCCUUUAUUUCCUGGAGCGUCGGAAUAUGAUGUCCUUUGCCGUAUGAUUGAGAUUCUUGGUGGGCAACCACCGGAUGAUCUGCUACGGGAGGCGAAAAACACUGGGAGAUUUUUUAAACAUGUUGGAAGUAUCUAUCCUGGUAGUGAGGCACGGAAUGGCCCUGUCAGUGCAUACAGAAUACUAACCGAAGAGGAGAUCGAAGCAAGGGAGUCCAAGAAGCCAAAGGUAGGGAGAUGGUAUUUCCCUCGCGGAAGGCUUGACAGACUCAUAUUUGCAUACCCUUGGAAGAAUUUGAGUGAGGAAAACAUGCCAGAGACAGAAAAGGCAGACUGCUUAGCAUUGGUUGAUUUCUUGAGAGGACUUGUUGAGUUUGAUCCUAAUAAGCGCUGGUCACCGUUGCAGGCUUCAUACCAUCCAUUCAUUACCGGUGAAGCCUUCAUUGGUCCUUACGAGCCUGUCCAGGAGACCCCAAUAAUUCCUGUUGGUCGUGCUGCAGUAGUUGAUCACAAUCCAGGAGGAGGUCACUUGCUAGGUGCCGGUCUUUCUCCUCAGGUUAUCGGAAGCAUUAACAGAUGCCUACGAUUUGAUAAUGCUUUACAACCAAAGAUGCCUUUUUCAUAUGGAAGCAGUUGUGGAAGCUAUGGAAGCUAUGAUUUCAAUAGUGUCAACAUAUAUAAUUCACCAAUGGAUCCUUCUGGGUUUAAUUUACGUUCACAAGCUGGAGCAUCAUUUCUAGGAUCUAGUCCGGAUAUUCGACGAAGACCUCAUCUCUCACAUGGUGGUGGCAUUCAGUUAAGUCCUGGGGGUCUGGGGCCGAUGUCUCUUGGGGCCAGUCCAUCACAAUUUACUCCACCACAUUCCCAGAUGCAAAUCCCAACUGGUGCUAAUGGAAAGUAUGGUACGUCUCCAGCAAGAGGUGGUCAUGGCUCCUCAUUGGGAAAAGCUGCUGCUGUAGGACAAUACAAUAGAAGGAGGAAUCAGGGUUAUCCACCUAUGUCAAUGCCACCACAUGAGCACACAUCUCAACUGAUCCAGGGACACCGAGAUGUUAUCAAUGCUGCUCGCUUUGAUGCAUAUGGUCGAGGAAAUUCUGGCUACCUACACAAUGCACUCCCUAAUUCUGGUCAUUUUAGUUGGAGACCGCAAAGAGGUGUUGGCAGUGGUUUACCUUUAGACCCUUCUUCUAGUCAUGGCUCUUUUCCGCCCACCAAUUACAAUGGCUUUCCUACUCAACACUCCAAUGUGCCAGCAGAUACAUUAGCCUCCACCUCGUCAAUACCAGAUCCAGCCGAUUGGGAUCCCAACUAUAGUGAUGAGUCACUCCUGCAAGAGGAUCAUCCACUGUCAGCUGAGUUAAGUAGUCUUCACCUGAGAGAUGAAAGUGGUCAAACAAACAGAUCUAGCAGAUUGGCUCCUACCCAAAGUCAUAAUAUUGCAAGUUCGAACCCUUCAUUGUUGAAUCAAAGAAGUGGACACCUGUUUCAUGCAUCAUCACUCGGAGAGAGUACACAACCUACUGGUCAUGUCACCUUUGAUGGUUACAACCAUGCAAAUUAUUCUCAGCAAAGUUUCCCAAGUUACCUUGGACAACCAUUUCAGCAGUACAACAUGACUUCCAGUUACAUACGUCCGAUGAGGUCCCACCACAGUGAUCAGUCUGUCUGGACUAACUAUGGCUUGGCAGAACCUCAACCCACUACUAUGGGUGACGGAAUGCCCUGGGGAGGGAGAGCUGAUCACUCUUUUGCAGCAAGUAGACUGCCACCUUCCAUUGCAAGAAAUGAUUUUGGGAGGAUCUUUUAGUCCUGAAUCUGGAGGAAUGCAGUAUGCCACCAAAUUGAUGGCAUCAGCGGUUUGCAUUUGCAAUUCCAGGUUGGAUUGUUUGCGGAUUCUUGGUUUUGCAAUUUGUUGCACUCCUCCGAUGUUGUCUCCUUGAGAUGCUCCGAUUCAUAAGAUUAUAUGGUAUGGGCAAUAAUUAUAGCAUUUGGUAUUUGUUAUACCUGCAUGAACUCCAGCGGAAAUGUCAGUUGUACUCCCGUUCUGGAAUGCCGUGUUUUCCUUCGUGAGAUGGGCUUUCGUAUGCACCUUGGUAAAAAAUCUUGUGACAGCUCAGGAGGCUUGAGACAGUUUUGCUGCCCGGGUUCUUUUCCCUUUUUUUAACUUUUUAUUCCUACUUUUUCUCCUUUUUGUUUUCUGGAGAGGGUUCAGUCCUGGUUCCUGAACAUGGUUCAAAGUCAAGGCCUUCUAUAGU